CCUUCAUUCUGAUUCUCCCUUUUCCUUCGACAGAGAGGAGGAAUAUGCAAAAGGCCUUUGGAUCGGAGAGAAUUUAGAAAUGAAAGCAGAUGGUCAUCCAUGUCAACGGCCAAAAAUCAUGCAGUAGGUUAAGAUGCUACACCGCAAAGGACGCGAACAAAGCCACAUCUAUCGUGCCCAGUGUCCCAUUUUCUCCGACCUUCCCAAGCAAAGCCAAAAAGGAAGAGGCAAGUCACAGCAGAAGCUACAAAAGCAAAAGAUCACUUCCUUCAUCAAGGCCCACUACUCUCUCACAAUCUCUCUCUUAGGGUUUCAAAUUCCACGUCGCCGGAGCGAAAUGGAGGAUGUUGCUCAGGCAGCUGGAGUCGACGCACUGAGUGUGAUCGGCAUGGUCGCCGCCGCCGCUCGUAAGGCCAACACCCACCGGAGGAACUGCGAGAAAAUCUCCAACCAUGCGAGGAUGAUCGGGAACCUGUUGGAGAAGCUGAAUGCGCCUGAGCUGAGGAGCUUUCCGGCCACCGGAGAGCCGUUGCAUCUGCUGGAGGAGGCUUUGAGGAAGGCGCUUGUUUUGGUGGAGAGUUGCAGAGACAGGAGCUAUCUCUACCUACUUGCCAUGGGGUGGAGCAUAGUGUAUCAGUUCCGUAGGGUUCAGGAUGAGAUCGAUAGGUAUCUGAAGCUCGUGCCGUUGAUUUCGAUGGUUCACGACCGUCGGAUUCAGAAUCUGAAGGAAGGUUUGCAGGCCAUUGAGGCAGAUCAUGGAGAAUACACUCUUGAUGGUGAGGAUAUGAUGGCCCAGAAUGUUAUUCUGAAACGAGAUCGUACAAAGAAAGACGCAGACGUAUUGGAGAAGUCACUGUCUCGCCGAUAUCCUGAUUUGAGAUUCCAUGAGGCUCUCCAAGAAGAGAAAGAGAAGCUGCAGAUUGAGCUACAUCGUUCACAAGUGGACAAUGACCCUAAGCAGUGCCUUGUAAUUGAACAUCUUAUUGAAGUCACUGAAAAUGUUGUUAAUGUUCCAGGUGAAAAGCUUGUUGAUGCACAUGCUUACAUAGGAUCUGGGUAUGAAGCCAAUGCCAAAUCUUGCCAUGGGGGCCAUGGUUCACAACCUGAAGAUCAAGAUGAAUCUGAGUGGCAGGCUGAUCUUUUUGGCUGUUGCAGGGAGCCUUGUUUAAGCUUGAAGAACUGCUUCUAUCCCUGUGGAACAUUUUCUUUUAUAGCUAAUGUGGUGUCAAAAGGAAAAAUAUCUCGUGAACGUGCAUGUAAUGAGCUAAUGGCAUACUCCCUCUUCUGUGGUUGUUGUUGUUACACUUGUUGUGUGAGAAGGAACCUACGGAAACACUUCAACAUAGAGGGUGGUUCAUGUGAUGACUUCUUAACCCAUCUAAUGUGUUGCUGCUGUGCAAUGGUUCAAGAGCGGCGUGAGCUUGAACUGAGGAACUUUGAUGGUUGCCAAGGGAGAAAAAUGAUUCCUCCACCAUUCCAAUACAUGAAACCUUGAAUCCCUGCCAUAUCUUGUGAGUUUAAAAUAUAGCUUACAUUCUCGAGUUCCUAACAUGGAGCGUUUAUAUUUCACCUUUAUACUUAGGUAUAAUAUAGCUGUUUACACAUAACCUAUCAAAAAAAAUAUAGCUGUUUACACAUAGAUAGAUACAAGUACAUAUCUUCCACCCUUUGGGUAUAUAGCUUGUUACACAAACAUAUGCAUAGAGAUAACUUAAGCUUUACAGUUGUAGAGUAGUGUUGAUACUAGCAAUUUAUGGGCACACUGUAAAUAUGAGACGGCGGUCUUGGGAAUUGCAAAUUUUCAGAAGAUAGGCUGGAUGCAAACUAUGGGCUAUGUAUAAACAGACAAGGAGAAAUGUUAUUGUCAUCUGCCUUUCAAAAUUGCAAGUUGCCAAUGUAGCUUCUGACCUUUUUAUCUCUUUAUAUGAUUGUGAUUUGAG